AUGAUUAUUUCAUUGAUAGUUCUUAUUCUUAUUAUUUAUCGUCUACGUUACAAUAAAUUAUAUCGACAUCAAAUCGAUAUUCAAUGUCGAUCAUCAACUUUCGAUGAUAAUAUUGCAUUGAUACUCAUCGGUAAUACUUAUCUAAUUUUUUUUAUCUAUCAUAUAAUAUGGAUUUCAAUAAGUUUGCGUACAUUUAUUAGAGAUUUUGCUUUUUUAAAAGAUAUCAUACAUUAUGGUGAUUCAACAUUUUGCCGAAUACAAGUUGGGAUUAUCUUUUUCUUAACGAGUCAAAUGUAUCAUAGUUUUAUAUUACAAGCAUUAUAUCGUCAUUUGAAAAUUAUUUCCAUUUCAAAAUUAUCUACAAUAAAAAUUUGUCAUAUGUCAUUAUAUAAUAUUUCAAUUUAUAUUUUAAUGAUUAUUUUCAGUUGGUUCAUAUCGUUUGCUGUUCUAAUUCCAGCAUAUACAACAUUUAAUGUUUUCGCUUAUUUUCCUCAACAAUAUCAUUGUCGUAUAUCUUUUACAACUGUAAAAGGUUCUAUUUAUUCACUUCUUGUCUCUUAUCUUAUACCAGUAUGUUUCAUAUUAUAUAUUCAUUGUCGAUUUAUUUUCUGCAUUCGUCGAUUACCUAAUCGUGGUAUUUUAUUACAAACAAGACAUGAAACAAUUGUUAUAAAGUAUAUUUUAAAGAUUUCUUUAACAAUGUGUGUUCUUGGUUUUCCUACACUUGUUUUUCAAUUGCAAUUCAUCAUCAUCGGUGAAAUACAUCCACUUGCUGAUCGAAUUUAUGAACUAUGUUUAUCGAUCAAUGCGAUGGGCUUUACUCUUUGUUUCGCAAAUCUCAACUCACUUACUCAACUUCUACCUCAACUAUCUGCUGAUGAGGAUAGCAGUAUGAUAAACUUACAAAUUUCCGAUGUAUAG